GUUUAGAACACUUAUGAAAAGAUUACGCAGCUGACAUUUACUUUAAAAUUUUUACUAUUGUUUUUGAAACUGUUGGAAUUUCAAUUACAAAACACACCAAAUUAAUUCUUGAAUUUAUGUACGUCAAAACUUGAAAUAACAUUUUGUGAUUUAUGCCUGAAGAUUAAAAAUUGUAAACUUACAAUAAAAAUUAGCUGAAAUAAAUGUGCUCACUAUUUGGGCGUGGCUUAGCCCAUUAUAUAUAUAACAACGCGUUGCAUGCACGUCGUGCGUGGGCCAAUUGCAAAUCAGCUAAACCAACCACACCCGCUGCAACCGAACCGCACAGCAAAAUUGUAGAUGUGUGUUGUGAAGGUAUGGUAGUUAAGAUAAUACCGGCACGCAGCAAUAACUAUAUGUAUUUGAUAACUGAUUUGCCCACCGGUUGUACGGCCGCAAUCGAUCUCUCCGAUAACAAAAUUCUCUUUGAAAUACUUAAAAAGGAAAAUUUAAAGCUUUCCUUUGCUUUUAUAACACACCAUCAUGAGGAUCAUUCAGCCGGUACGCAAGAGCUGGCCGAUGCGUGUCCCGAUGUGAAAAUAUGCGCUGGUGAUGAGCGCAUCAAAUCUGUUAAUCAUUGUGUUAAGGAUUGUGAGCAAUUAAAAUUGGGCGAGAUGACUAUGAAUUGUAUGCACACACCUUGCCACACCGUGGGUCAUUAUUGUUAUUUUGUCGAGUGUGGUGCGGGUGGACCGCCAGCACUUUUUACAGGCGACACACUUUUCCAAGGUGGCUGUGGUGGUUUUGAUGAGGGCACGCCAGAUCAAAUGUAUGCAAUUGUAAAACGUUUCCUUGAAUUACCCAAAGAGACGCGUAUCUUUGGUGGCCAUGAGAAUACAAUCCUAAAUCUACGUUUUGCUCAAUGCGUUGAACCAGAGAACUCUAGUAUUGGCGCACGUUUAUGGUGGGCACAGAAGCAGCGUGAAAAUAAAUUACCCACACCGCCCUCAUUGCUGUGUGAAGAAAGAACCUUUAAUCCAUUUUUGCGCGUUGAUCAUCCGGAUGUGCAGCAUUACACCGGCGAUACAGAUCCGAGUUAUGUAUUAUUUUGUUUGCGCAAACAACGAGAUGCUUUCAAGUAGCGGGUGCCUCAAGUGAAUAAUAAUAGCAAACAG